CAGCGAUCUUUUUCUCACAAAACGUUGGGCUGCCAGCGACCCUAUUCAAAUGAAAUCAUUUUUAACAAGUGAAAGUGCACUCGUUUGCAAUAAUGACGAUGACAAAAUAGAUAAAAUUUCGUUUAGUUUCUGCAAUAGUCGUUCUCACCUUUUGUUAUGCAAACUGGGCUCAAUCAUAGACGUUUUCUUCGUUGUAGUGAUUUCCGUAUGCCAUUAAUUUUUCAGUUCACAGUUUGUUUUUUCCACGGGGUGAACUAUAUGAUCCCUAUAGCCUACUAGUGGCCAUAUUAUCGGGGUUUUUCUGUAAUAGUUUUCAUUUCAUUAAAUCCAGCGGGAAAAAGAACGAUGUGUCUUGGACCCGUCACGUCUGCAAAUGAAUUCGAAGAAACGUGCUAUGGUAGUGGUGGUGGUGGUCGCUCGGAGGUGCCAAAGCUUUAAACUCAUGAUGUGUGUAUGUGCGCUUUCUGAAUGGAUACUCGUAAGUCGGCCGUAGUCUGUCUAAAGACAACUUUCAUUUGAAAUCUCUACCAAAAAUUGUUCCAGUAAGCGGUCUGUCAUCCAUUCGCGGUCACCUUUCUUCUGUGCGGUCCACCAGGUUUUGAAAAAAUAUCCAAGGUUAUCGAACCAAGCGUUCCCGGUUGUUAAAGGAAGGGUUUAGCGUAAUUCGCAAUUUCUGUAUUUCCAAACAAUAAAACAGAUGUUCACAGCGAAAAGCAGCCACUUUAAAAGUCCAGCACUUAUUAAAAAUAAACGUAUAAGACAUGUGAUAACACCGUGUGUAGGUGCACUUUUAACUCUAUUUAAUUUCUAGCCGUAUGUAAACACCAGUAAAAUUUUCAUUAAUUUUUGUAAGUGCUGAAUAUUAUUCCAUUGAUGCAACUAAAAAGAUGAAAAUUUCAAAAUUAAAUUUUCUAGAUAUAAAAAACCAAUUAAUUUUUUCUUUCACCAACAGUUAUUUAAUCCCGCCAUUUGUUGUUGACUGUAGUCAAACGCCUCAUGGUCAAAAGCCAAGACAUCUCUCGUUAAAGCAAUCUUUCAGGAUGUUAAUUAAACCGUUAAUAAAAUUGUAAGAGGCGCUGCUGAUCCUUGCAACUCGAGCUUUUUUACAAAGUUCACUAUUAUUAGGCCAAUAUAUAUGUCGACUUGUCUUAACCAAGUGUACGAAAUUACGAUCUCGCAAUCCUCACCAACUUUGUUUUUGUUGUUGUUGUUGUUGUUAUUUUAAAACCAACUGUCCCUCUUUGUCUUAAUGGCGCCUAUCAAAAGUCAGUUACUGACCGGCUUGACCAUGGCCGGACCAGUCAUUUUGACAAUGAAAAAUGCUUUUUUCCAAGAGUCUUUAUUAAAACACCGUCUCCUUCGUGCAUGCUAUUUAGGAUUUCACUAAUCUGCCUGGAUAGUUUUGAUUACAAGUGAGAUUCUCAUUAUGACUAGAAUUUCUUUAUUACGAUGUUUUUUAUUAACCGUAGCUUCGGCUAAAUUUAUAUGUAAGAUUCAUUCUGGAUCAAAUGAUAAUGUUAUUACCCUCAAACCCCGCUUUACACACACCCGCUUCAUACGGACACCCCGUUAUUACGGAGAGUUUGCUUUGUCCCCGGGGAAAGAAAGCCCUGUCAUUUUCUCUAAAUUCAACCCGCUUAAUACGGAUACCCCGUUAAUACGGCCCCCUAUGGCCCCCUCAGUGUCCGUAUAUAUUAAAAGGGUUUGACUGUAUUAAAUGAUUUUGAUUGUAACGUUUCGAUCUAGUUUGUGCAUUGACAGUCACUAUAAGUGGAUGAACUGCUUUUUGGUAAAAUGUCGACGACUUUGAACAUUAGCAGCGCCUCAUCAAACCAGAAUAAUAUGCCAUGUCAAAUACGAGAUAAUCGUGCUUUAGAUAUCAGUGUGAUCGUUUUCUUCUGUGCUAUUCUGUUAUCCAGCUUGAUCGGAAACACUGUUAUUAUCAUCAUAUUCUACCGGCGAAAAGAUUUAAAGAAGACCACAAAUUACUUUAUUGCCAAUAUGGCGAUUUCCGAUCUCAUCUUUCCGUUAACAGCAAUUCCUCUUAGCAUCGUCCGACUAGAAACAUUGCCUGUCAGUGUUUCUGCAGGAUCAAUUGUUUGUAAACUGCAGAUUUUCUUCGCUGGUGUUUCAUUCACUGUUUCGGCAGAGAGUCAUGUUUGGAUCGCCGUGGAUCGGUUCAUUGCAGUGGUCUUUCCAAUCAAAGUUCAUCGCAUCUCCACAAGGUUUCGCCGCUUUGCUGUGACGUCCACUUGGAUUGUUGCUGUAUUAAUUUGCUCUGUUCGUUUGUACACGGUUGAAGCGAUUGAGGCAAAUGGUAAAAUAAUAUGCAUGGAAAGACCUUUCUACCCAACGUACGGAUAUGUUCAAUUAGUCGUACUUAAUAUUGCACCGCUUUUGCUAAUGACAAUUUUGUACACCGCUAUAGCAGUAACUCUUCGUAGGCAAAAUAAAGCACUGGCUAUCUCGGCAACAGUGAUUAAGAGCAUCCAAAAGAAACGGCAGGCUUUGAAAAUGAGCGUCUGUGUCAUGGCUGCGUUUUAUUUGCUUUUUAUCCCGAACUUGAUAGUCGUCUUUUUUCAUAAAACACUGGUUGAAAUAUCCUGUUUGUUGUAUUCUUCGAUAAUGAUAUUUGCUUCAGUUACGACCAGCUUUUCUUCGAUAACAAAUCCAAUCAUUUGUUUCAUAUUUGUCGAAAACUACCGCCUCGGUUUAAGAGAGUUGUUCAAUAUCUGUCAUAUUAAAAAGUCAGCAAGAAGUUGGAAAAUAGGAACAGGUGAUCGAGGGGAAGUAUCCCUUCAAAGCAUUCGAGUAAGAUGCCGAGACGGAAGAGAAAAUCUUGCAAAACAAGUGCACAUUGCAGUAAGGGGAAGACAAAACGAAAGAGAGUCAAUCCUUUUCAGUACAGUUAAGACCAAUUAAGUUUUUUUUCUGGUAGCUGUCAUGCAAUUCAUUUUCAAAUAAUCAUUUUCUCAGGUAUUUAGGGCCAUUUCUUCCAGUAUUUAAUCAAGAAAAUUGCGCUGAUUUAGGCGGGAAAACGAAGGGAACGAGAAUCUUUUCUGACAGUUGGUUUUAAUUCUUGAAAGAUCUUAUAAACUCAUUCAGACCUAAAGAGAUUUUUGUCUGUAAAUCGUAGUUAAAAGUGAUGUAGAAAUAGCCGUCAUCAUUCUACUACGUGUUUUAGCGCGAAUGUCGUAGUGGUGUAAACGAGUUAUCAAAUGCAGGAAGUUUGAUCAUUUUGCUAUCGGGAGAGGGCUUAACCUCCUUCAGUAUAAAUAAAAGUACUGACUUUUUUGGCAAAAAAAAGUGAGUAAAAUGAAGUUUUCCGGGGUUGUCUCUUUUUUGGAACACGCGCAAAAACGUAAGUUACAUGUCGUACUCGUACUCGUUUUCGUCCUCAAAACUAGAGCUCUCUAUAUAUUUAAAAUAAAAGUGUACACAUAAUUACUCGGGGUAGUCCCCUCAGGGAGCUUAUAAAAUAUCCCUGUCAUUAAUAGGAGCCUUGAGGUUACUAAAUAAGUAAUGACAUAUGCAGUAAUGAAAAACAAUAGAUAACAAAAUGUACAUUUACAAUAAUUAUUAAUAACCGAACUUCCAAGGUAAUAAACAAUCUCUCCGUUAUGUACUUUUACAAAAAUUUUUUAAAACUGUACUUUCAUGAUAAUGAAAAAUUAUCCUGGCUACUUCCCUCCUUGUUUCUGUUCUUAUUGUUGGCGCAUGCAAAAGAUAGCUAAAUUUUAAUUCUUCCGUGUUUUCCCUAUGAUGUUUAAUCAAAUUCAGAUCUUAACUUAAUAAUGAGGCAUUGUCUUUCCAGAUCCUUUGUAAGUCAAUCUUGUGUCCACUUUAAAUAACUCUACUUUGUUCACCUGUAGUGAUAGAGUUAGCAUGUAGUCCCGCGUUUAAUUAUCUAUUACACAAUAGUUUAGGAAAAUGACAGGCUUUUAUCGCGGCGUUAACUCUUGACAUAAUACGGAGAAAGUGUGGAGUCAGGGCUGGUGUGUCACUUGAACAAAGCUUUCUAUUCCACCACAAACGUACUUUUUAAGAGCAAAAUUAGCAGGCAAGGGCAUGCUUUCUGCAACGAAUUCAUCGGGACCUUCCAACAUCUCGUCACAAGAGACAGAAUGUAACAUUUUUGAGCUGUCUUUUCCAGCAGAAGUCAUCAAAAUUCUGGUCGUCUCCAUUUUAUCAUUGUCCGGCUUGAUUGGAAACGCCUUCAUUAUCCUCAUGAUUUAUAAGCGAAAAGAAUUGCGGAAGACCACAAAUUUCUUCAUUGUCAAUAUGGCGGUUUCCGACCUAUUCUAUCCACUAACAGGUAUCACAGCGACUUUAUCAUCCACUUCGUUAGUCCGGUCGUCACGAUUGGUUAUAGCAAGCACUACAGAGCUGAUCUCUUGCCACCUCGUUUCUUUUUUUCAGGGUGUUUCGUUAACUGUUUCUAUAGAAAGCCUUGUCUGCAUUUCUAUAGAUCGGUUUGUGGCGGUUGUGUUUCCGUUGAAAGCCCAUCUCAUUACAGCAAGAGUUCGCACCGUUGCCAUAACUUUCACUUGGUUCAUCGCGGUGUUUCUAAACUCUGUUGAAUUUUAUAUGCCUGUUUGCGCCUAUAAAAAUACUUCCACUUUUUAUGUAGACUUUGGAAGAGGACGAACUACUUUUCUUUUCACAGUACCUCUGAUUAUCAUAGCGAUUUCUUAUUCUGCUAUAGCAAUAACUUUGCGAAAGCAAGACAGAGCUCUUCAGUGCGGACAUCAAAGCAAUCAAAGAAAACGCCAAGCUAUAAAAAUGAGCUUUUGUGUGAUGCUGUCUUUUUACUUUCUCAUUCUUCCUUUGACAAUAGUUGCCAACUUAUUACCUGAUCCUAAAGUUUUCAAAUCUUGUUCUGUGCGCCAAAACAUCUGGUUACUUGUUCAGUUGGCGCUUUACGCGUCUUCAACUGUCAAUCCGAUCAUUUGCAUUGCAUUUGUUCAAAGCUUUCGUCGAGGCCUAACCGACAUCCUCCCAUGCUAUUACAGCAAAAAUCUGAAAGUGGAAGAGAGAAGAAAGAGCAACCAACAGGAGAUAAGACUUGAACGGUUUUGA